UUGGGGGAGGUAUGGAGGUCCACGGCGAGCCUCAGGCCAUGCCGAGCUGUUCCUCAUCCGCCCGGGUCAGCUCGGGGGUGUCAGCGUCCAAGGAGCUGCUGACGGCGGGGAGCGACGUCCGCGGAGGUAUAUGGGACAGGUUGCUCAUCAACUCUCAGCCUAAUUCCAGAAAAACCUCCACUCUUCAAACAGUUCGGAUGGAGAGGAGUCCCUUAUUGGACAAAAUACAGACUUUUCUCCCACAGAUGGCACAGGCAAAUGAAAAGCUAAGAAAAGAAAUGGCAACUGCACCACCUGGUCAUUUCAAUAUUGAAAAUAUUGAUGGGACUCUUGGAAAAGUUAUACAAAUGGAUGUGGCCUUGUUUGAGAUGAAUCAGUCAGAUUCAAAAGAAGAGGACAGUUCGGAAGAGAGUUCACAAGACAGCUCAGAGAACAGUUCAGAAUCUGAGGAUGAAGAAGACAGCGUCUCUCGUGAAGUCACCAUAGAUAACAUUAAGCUUCCUAAUUCUGAAGGUGGAAAAGGCAAGAUUGAAGUUUUGGACAGUCCAGCAAGUAAAAAAAAGAAAUAGUGAAAUAAAUUAUCUGAAAAGAAACA